CACUGCGCCAGGCUCCAAGGCAGCACAGCACCAGCCACUCACACUAGGUACUUACACACAGAGCCACUGCAGGAGCCUCAAUGUAGAUAAUCAAUCUACACGACCUUCAAGCACCUGGCACGACAAUACUCUAACAAGCAAACGCGUACCUUUGUCUGCCCCCAGAAACCCACAACAUUCAUCGCUAUCGCAACGCCUUCCCGCCCAGAAUUCCUUCUCCGAGUCUGUCAGUCUGCUGCUUUAGGUCCUCACUCUAUUCGCCCACGUCGACACGCUUUGCGUCUGCUGUUUCGCUGUGCGACCGACCACCUCAACGGGAGCCUCGCUCACGGUGCAGACCCAAGCCGCUCAUCACUACUGCAAGCGGUCUCUCUCUCUAAAUCGCCUCAUUAUUUUGUGAUUUCUGAUUAGCUGGGAGCCUUUCGCGUCGAUCACUUCGAAGCCCUUCGGCAUCUCUACAUCACCGUGAUGGAUCGGCGGCCAGACUCGGUGGGCCUUGGGCCUCGUCAUGAUCCGAAUUCCCGAGUGUCCAAGCCAGAAUCGGCCGCUGAUAAGAUGGCUGCACUCAAGGCAAGAGUCGCAGCAGCGAUUGGAGGUACCAAAGCAAAGGGUGGUCUCAAUGUCGGGUUGCACCCAGUACUUGAGGGCCUCAGCCAAGCAAAGCCUCUGGGCAGAACAAGCGAUGUGAAGCCAUCGGGCAUCCGGUCACAAUUUGAAACCAGCUCAGCGAAUUCGUCUGGCUACAGAACGUCAGAUGCGUCAGGGCGCAAUCGCGACGGCACGCAACCGAAUCCAUACUUCAACGAGCAACUGGCAGCACAGCCAGCAGGUGGUAAACAACGACAAGCUAGGCCGCUACACUUCCACCCGAAGGGCAAGUUCAUACAGCAAGCCGCCGCGCUGCGGCGGCAGGCUGCCCUGGAGGAAAUGAAGAAACGAAUUGCUGCACAGACCAGGAAGGCUGGUAUUGAGGAUGAAAUGGACAUGGAGAAAAACCUCAUUGUCGAGGCCCCUCCCGAUAUCGAAUGGUUCGACGAAGGACUGGUGGAUGGCACAUAUGAAAACAUCGAAGAUGAGUCACGUCUCAAGCUCGACAAGGAAGACACCAUCGUCACUGAGUACAUUCAGCACCCCGUCGCGCUGGAGCCACCACAGGAGAAGAACACGCCGGCGGUGAAGCCGAUGUACCUGACGUCGAAAGAGCAGAAAAAGCUCAGAAGACAGAGAAGAAUGGCGGAGCUCAAGGAACAGCAGGCAAAGAUCAGGCUUGGGUUGGUGCCAGCACCGCCUCCCAAGGUGAAGAAGAGCAACAUGAUGCGUGUCUAUGCAGAUUCGGCAGUGAAGGAUCCGACGGCAGUGGAAAACCUUGUCAACCGGCAGAUUGCGGAACGCCAGCAAAACCACUUGCAGGCCAACGAGGAGCGCAAGCUUACCAAGGAAGAGAAGCACGACAAACUCGCUGCAAACCAGGAGAAGGAUGCCGCCAAGGGUAUCCACGUAUUGGUUUUCAAAAUAAACAGUCUGGCGAACGGCCAGCACCGGUUCAAGAUCCAAAAGAACGCCGAGCAGUACGCCCUUACAGGGAUCUGCGUCAUGCAUCCCAAGAUGAACCUUGUCGUCGCGGAAGGCGGCGAACACAGCAUACGCAAGUACAAGAAACUCAUGUUAGAUCGUAUCGACUGGACAGAGAACACGCCAUCGCGGGAGGGCAAGACACAGCAACAGGUGCGCGAGUGGCUGGUGGCAGAGAAUGAGAGGGGAGACCUCAAGGACAUGUCGCACAAUGAGUGUAAACUGGUAUUUGAGGGCGAAGAGAAGACGAGGGCGUUCCGCAAGUGGGGGAACAAGGUCUGCGAAUCCGAUGCCGAGGCUAAAGACGCGUUGGCCCGGGCCAAGAUGGAGAAUUUUUGGGCGCUCGCGAAGAGUGUCUGAGAGAACCUGAGGGCGAGAUAUGAGAACCCCGGAGCUUCGCUGGAUAUGGUGGGAUAUCGAUGAGAUGGAUCGGAAAGCAAACACAUUCCCUCUCAUCCCUGAUAACUGGCUCGAUGAGAGGGUUAUUGCAGCGUAGGCGCAUCUUGUAGUUCGACUAUACGACAAGGAACUUGUCAGAAUACCGUCUCUAUCCGAGACACAAAUGCAAUUAGCGGAGUCAUUUAGGGCUAACCGAUGAGACUAUUGAUGG